AUGGUAGAUGAUGGAGUAACUAUAAGGCUUGGUGUGAAGCAACCUAAUAGUGUAUAUACUACCGGAGGUAGAACCAUUAAGGUCACAAGAGAUGAAGAACCUCCUGGAUCUGGCUUUACCAGGUAUACUCAUAAGGAUGAACAUAAUCAACCAUUUAUACUUGCAAAGAUCCAGGAUAAUCAGAACUAUCCUAUAGAUAUAAAUCAACUUGGAGGUAAAGAGGUAACCUCGGUUGCAGCCUAUUACUGGACUGGUAAUGCCAGUAACGUUCUCAUGGUAGGGGUUACCACUGGCAAUACAACAACUUAUUAUGGCAAUAGAAAGAGUGAUGGUAGCAAUGAGUGGAUUGAACUAACUGGAUAUAAACACUCUCACCCUCCACUCAUCAAUGAUGAUAUUGAAAGGACACUGGAUGAUCUAGUUUGUUCGAGCUAUGGUGCUGUUACCAUGGAUCUUAGCAAGGGUACAUUCACGAGUGGUAACAGACAGCCAUAUUGUUGCCGUUGCAUUUACCAUGCUGGUAAUGACGAUCAGCGGAAGAUUUCUCUUAGUGAAGGAUCAUUUUCCUGUACACAUAAAAGGGCCGGUUACUACAAACAAUCCCCGACUGCUAAUACAAAGCUUGCCGCAAUAAGGUACUAUUUUGACGGUGUGGGUACUGCUAAUACUAAUAAUCCCAGUAGAAGAAGACGUAUAAAAAUUCCCAAACUAAACUUUCCAACAUCUGAUGUAGAAGCUGUUUAUGCAGUCCACUGUAGCAACAAUCCAGUUCUCAUUUAUGUGAAAUAUACUGGAGGAGGUAAAGCUACAGGGUGGUAUAAGAAGCCUGCUACUGAUGAGAAUGGAAACGAAAAGUGGGAAAAAGUCUUGGAUGAAGUUCCUGACCCAGAAAGCAUCACAGGCUGUGACAAAUAUAAUCAACUUGUGAAAGCGCUAAACGAUACUGGUAGAUGUGGGAUACCUCUUUGUCCACCACCUCUUAAUCCUCCUCCUCCUCAACAGCAACUUCCUCCUGUAUAUGGACCCCUUCAUACUAAAUCUGUUACUCCUCUAUCUAAAGAUACAUCUGAAACCAAAGGCUCUGGUGAUGGUACUAAUGGUCAAUGGAUCCAAGUCCAAGCUCUUGGUAAGGGUUCUCUAUUCUAUUCUGAUGGUAAAGGAAACCAGGCUGCUAUUCUAUCUGCCACUCCACCUCUUCCUGGACCUAAAGGACAUCCUGGUAAAGCUGGUGCUAGUGUUAAAGCUAAUGGUGAAUCUGGUGGAGGUGGACUAUCUCUUGUUCAAGAAAAUUCUGGAGAUUCUCCAGCUCUUAAAACACCAAAGGUUGUCGUUGGUAAUCAACCUGACGGUUCUGUAUCUCCAGGUGAAACUGAAGUAGUCUUUAACACGGGAGUUAAGACUACUAAAUCCAUAAAUAAAAGUUAUACUUCGUCACAUCAUUGGAAUUCAUUUAAAUCUGAGUUUGAAAGGUUGUCUGGAUCAAUCAAUGGGAAAACCCAAAGUGCUGGUAGGACUAACUCUUCAUCUCAUCGAACACAAACUGUCGCUGAUCUAUCUACUGGUGCUCAACCUCGAGAACCUACUACUCCUAUUACUUCUACUACUACUACUGAAAAACCUGCUCCUAAAGCUCCUACUUCUGAUGGCAAAUCUUCUAUUGUUACUAAAGUUGCUUCUGGCGGUGCUUCAGCUCUGGGCACAGGUGGUGCAGCAUAUGGUGGCUGGUAUGUCUGGGUUAACUAUUUCCUUGACCCUCUAGUACGCUUAAUAUAA